AUGCCAAAUGCGGCCGCGCUCAGCGCCAACCAGCUCAUGACGCAGUACGCCUUUCAGGGUGGCAGUAGCAUUGGGCAUCUCUUCAACGCCAACUACACCGUGUUCAACUUUCAGCAAUUCCCCCAAAACAGUUUGGCGCGCCAAGCGAACAGCAACCCGAUUGUCUGCGAUUACUGGACGGUUGCCUGAGCUGCGCAUGAAGAAGCAGUCGAUUAGCAACGUACUAUCGC